AUGGUAGCAACUGGAAUUGGAAACACUAACACCAUCUUUGGUCAGAAACAAAAAUUGGAUAUUCAAUGGCAGUUGAAGCGCCUUAACAAGCCUGCUCUUAAAUCCAUCAAGAGCCCAGAUGGAGAUAUAAUCGACUGCGUACAUAUCAAAAACCAACCAGCUUUUGAUCAUCCUUUCUUCAAGAAUCAUACAAUUCAGAUGAGACCAAGUUUUCACCCAGAAGGGCUUUCAUUUGAUGAUGUCUCUUCAAAGUCCGAGUCCCAAAUUACUCAGCUAUGGCACUUGAAUGGAAGGUGUCCUGAAGAAACUAUUCCCAUCAGAAGAACUAAAGAAGAAGAUUUAUUAAGGGCAAGCUCUGUAGCAAAUUAUGGAAGGAACAAAUACCCUCAGUUUGAUACCACGGACACCAAUAAAACUGCUUUCCAUGAGAAUGCAAUAGUUUUUGUGAAAGGAGAUAAGUAUUAUGGAACUAAGGCAACCAUAAACGCUUGGAAACCCCAAAUCCAGGAACAAGAUGAGUUCAGCUCGUCUCAACUCUGGAUCCUAGGUGGUAAUGCAACUACAGAGACGAAUAACAUUGUUGCUGGCUGGAUGGUCAACUAUAAUUUAUAUGGAGAUUACAACUCUAGACUCUUCGCUCUUUUCAAUACUAAUAAACAUACAAAUGAAACUAGGGACUGCUACAAUCUAUUGUGCUCACCUGGCUUUGUUCAAAUCAACAAGGAAAUUGCGCUGGGUGGAACCCUCAACCCUAUUUCCGUCUAUGCUGGUUCCCAAUAUGAACUCCACUUCCUUGUCUGGAAGGACAUCAAAGGAGGGGGAGACUGGUGGUUGCAAAUUGGGAAUAAGUAUCUAAUGGGAUAUUGGCCUGCCUCCCUAUUCGUAUCUCUAUCUGAAAGCGCUUCACAGAUCUUAUGGGGAGGAUUGGUACUAAACCAACAAAAAAAUGGGCAGCACACCUCCACACAAAUGGGCAGCGGUCAUUUCCCUGAAGAAGGGUUCAGCAGGGCUAGUUACUUCAAAAAUCUGCAAAUUAUUGAUGGUUCAAACAUUCUCAGGUUUCCCAAAAAAAGUUACAUUGUCGCUGAGAAACCAAAUUGCUAUAAUGUCACAAAUUUUAUAAACAACUUUUAUUAUGGUGGUCCUGGUAGAAACCCUAAUUGUCCAUGA